CACGGCUGGGUUUGAACUGCACUGUAACAAACAGACCAGACUGAGCCGCAGAGCUGCCAGGCACUCAGGGGCACAGGGCUUCACUGCUGGGGUCAAACGAAGACUGGGCAAAGGAGACCACACGAUGGACGGAUACGAUACAACCAAUAUCAUGAUAGAUCUGCAGGCUUCUGAUCUGAGCAUGUUUGACGAGUAUAACGACACGGACUCUUCGGGGUCCUACCUGGAAACAGAGUACACGUGCGAGGACGACUCCACUUUCAGCGUUGCCGGCAUUGAGCGCUUCCGCACCAUCUUCCUACCUGUGGUCAACACCAUCGUCUUCCUAACAGGGGUGUGUGGGAACGGGCUGGUGCUGGUCAUCCUGAAGCGUAACAGACGCUCCCUCGGUGUCACCGAGCUCUACCUCCUUCACCUUGCUCUGGCGGACCUCCUGCUCCUGGUGGCGUUCCCCUUCUCCCUGGUCCAGGCCCUGGAGGGCUGGGUGUUCGGCCUCUUUCUCUGCAAGGUCGUGGGCGUGGUCUACAAGCUCAACUUCUACUGCGGUGGCUUGCUGCUGGGCUGCAUUGGGUUCGACCGCUACCUGGCUGUGGUGCACGCCGUGAAGAGGUGCCGCGGGCGUCGGACUCGCACCGUGCACCUGAUCUGCAGCGUGGUCUGGCUGCUCUGCUUCUGCUUCUCCAUACCCAACGCAGCUUUCCUCUCGGUCUCCCCCGCGGGCUACAACAGCAGCAGCAGCGACCAACUCUCCUGCAGAUUCACCAGCCAGGGCUUCAACUGGGACAUCGCCAGCCGAUUCCUGACCCACAUCUUGGGUUUCUUCCUGCCCCUGGCCGCCAUGGUGUACUGCUACUCCGCCAUCGUGGCAACGCUGUGCCGCAGCCAGCAGAGCUUCGACAAGCACCGCGCCAUCCGGCUGGCACUGCUCAUCACCGGGGUCUUCGGGCUCUGCUGGCUGCCCUACAACGUCGUCCUGUUCCUGCAGACCCUGGUGAUGCUGGACAAGGUUCAGGAGAGGAGCUGCUCCUUCCGCGGUGCGCUGAUCCAGGCGGUGACGGUGACGGAGAGCCUCGGGUACAUGCACUGCUGUCUCAACCCCAUCCUCUAUGCCUUUGUGGGAGUCAAGUUCCGCCAAGACCUGCUGAGACUGCUCAGGGACGCGGGCUGCCUGAGAGCGGAGCAGGCUGCAUCACUGGUAAACUUGAGACGGACGCGCAUGUCCUACUCCGAGGGAGUGAGCACCAGCUCCACCGCAGGCUACAGCUUUUAGGAAGAGGAGCAAGGCUGUGUAGAGAAACUCCCAGGCUUGCAGAACUGCACGAAUCCUAUGCUACAUGCUGGAAAACCAAAAAUACAAAAACUGCACAAAUGUGUUCACUGCACAAUUCAAAUUGAUAUAUUUGUUACUUCUUCAUUUGAGAUCAUUAUACAUUAGAAACAUAUGUUUAGGUGUGUUAGUGCUCGAGUUGAUUCAAUAGGAUGAUAACAGGUUCGUUUCCAGCUGUGGCAGCUCCUGUAGAGGCUAGCUUAGCUGCAGCAAAUAUAGGCUUGCAAUAGGGACUGUAGAUGGAAAUGUUUGUCUAUAAGUGGCGACCAAAAAAAGAAUUCUUUAAUAUUACAGGUCUCUCCUUAUUCCAAUGCUGGCCCACAUGUAAAAUUUAAGAUCAUUUUUAUCUUAAUUAUUUUAAGUGAAAAAAUAACAAUGUGGAACAGAAUUA